AUGAAUAACAAUUGGAACAUAUUUCCAAGUACGGGUGAUUUAGAAAUUAUUGACAAAAAUGUUGAGAAUGAAGACGAAAAUAUUCUGCUAGAAAGGAAAUAUAUGUUUUGGCAAAUCAUAACAUCUGCUGAAGAACAAAUAAUGAUGUUAAUACGGAAGAAUUAUUUACCAGUCACUUAUUCCGAGUGGGUACUCAUGGAUUCUUUU